GUUGCCGUGGAGCUAUUGUGGUGGCAGAAGCACGAUCAGCUGUGGAUACAAGUCUGACUCGCCGAUGUGUGAUCAUGAAGCUGCCUGAUUUCUCCACAGAGCGCUACCUAGAGGCCAAAAAGCAGAAUGCAGCAGCUGUUUUGAUACUGCUACCCCAAAACAUCUCUUCAGUACCAGAGGAUAUUGUGCAGGGCUUUAUGGUGGCUGAAUCUCAGGUCCUGCAGAAGGAGACCCUCAUGCCUGUAUAUGUGGUCCCAGAGGACGACCAGCUGCUCUGUAUGUAUGAAGAAGUCACUCAGGCUGCAGCAACUAAGUCUGCUUCUGUUCUAGUGAGAGUUCUCCGUAGUAUCAUCACCACCACUGCCUUCCAAAUAUUAGUAAGCAACAACUCCCCCAUCAAGCCUAUUACUGAUACCACCAUCAUUACUUUAGAGGUGAGAAUGACAGCUACCCACACACAGCAACUCUAUCCUUUUCUGUACAAC